AUGGUGUAUAGACUUGGCUUUGAGGAGAGCUUCGCCUACCCUUUGGCCAAGGGCGCCGGCUUCGCGUUGGACUUGGACUUGGCGCUGCUGCUCCUGCCAACGCUGAAGAGCCUGCAGACGGCCUUGCGCGGCAAAGGCGGCCGAGCACGGGAGUGGAUCCCUCUGGAUGACCCCAUCUCCUUCCAUAUCGCGGUGGCGACGCUCAUUGCCAUCAACAGCAUCAUUCACGUGGGCUCCCACGUCAUUCACAUCAACCACAUCGCAGGGUCGCCCGUGCUGCAGCGCCCUGGCUGCUCUGUGGGACCUUGUGGGAAGUUGUCGGCGGCCUGCUGCGGAGAGAAGUCUUUCACUGCGGCUCUCGUUGGCACGAAUGAGUUUUAA